AUGUCGUCGCCGGCAGGUACCGCGCCGCCCUCCUCCUCCUCCUCCUCCUCCUCCUCCGCGUCCGCCCCGAACCAGCAGGGCGGCGGUCCCAAGGAGCGGCGGAUGGAGUCGCUCGGGUGGCUGACGGAGUCGACGGUGAUGCCGAAGAAGCACAAGGCCAUCGAGGGCGUCGGCGCGGCGUCCAUACUCGACCUGAAGGCCCAGCUCUACCGCACCCAGGAGGAGGCCCGCAACUCCGCCCCCGCUGACGCCGCCUCCGGCGAGUUCCGCCGCGCCAAGAAACGCGCCGGCCCUGCGGACCCCCUCGGGGCCAAGAACUCCGGCGUUGACGCACGUGCCCACAAGGAUAAGCUGGAGCUGAAAGCUGUGAAAGAUGGUUCUGUGUGUUAUUCUGCCCUAGAAAAGAAGGCAGAGUUGUAUGAGAAAUUAGCCAGAGGCGAGCUACCUGAUGAAGAAGACCAGGAGAAAUAUUGUGUUGAUUUCUUCCAGAAAAGUUUUCACCAAGUCAGCGAGCGCCGGCAGCCAGAGACCCCUACUGCCUCUGGGCAUGCAGAACCAGAAAAUGAGAGUGCCGAUUCAAUGCCAAAUGCCAAGCCAAUGGGCCUUGGACGAACUGGUGCAACAAUUGACCAAGAUGAGCACAGACGCUUUGUCAGGGAGGUUCACGAGGAAGUAAGUGAGGCUAGGCAUAAGGCUUCAACGAUGAAAUCCCGGCGACAAGAGCAGGACUUGGCUCGCAGAGAGAAACUCAAGCAAGCUUACCUCAAGAAACGCCUGGAGAAGUUGAUUGCUGAAAAGCAGGCAUCUUCAGCCAGUGAUGAGCAACCAGCUAGCUAGUCAAGAUUGUGUCUAGGUAGCAGCUGUUGUAGUUCGUGCAGUCAUGGUUGAUGCAACUGACCAUGAGAAGUUUCUUUUGCAUGUGCUGCCCUUGAUCCAGCAAAAUCAAAUUCCGACCAUGGUCUUCGCAUGUACAGUUGGUUUGCCACGGUAUUGUUGUACAAAUCUUUUUUUGGCGGGGUGUAUUGUUGUACAAAUCUAACCAAAUAUAGAAGCCAUCUGAAAUUUGACAGUACGCAUUUUUAUCCUCAA